AUGGAACCAGCGUGUGAUGCUACAGACGCUACAGAUGCUACAGACGCUACAGAUGCUACAGACGCUACAGAUGCUACAGACGCUAUAGAUGAUGCAGAUGCUACAGACGCUACAGAUGCUACAGAUGCUACAGACGCUACAGAUGCUACAGACACUACAGACGCUAUAGAUGCUACAGAUGCUACAGACGCUAUAGAUGCUACAGACGCUAUAGAUGCUACAGACGCUACAGAUGCUACAGAUGCUACAGAUGCUACAGACGCUACAGAUGCUACAGACGCUACAGAUGCUACAGACACUACAGACGCUAUAGAUGCUAUAGAUGCUACAGACGCUACAGAUGCUACAGACACUAUAGAUGCUACAGACGCUAUAGAUGCUAUAGAUGCUACAGAUGCUACAGAUGCUACAGACGCUAUAGAUGCUACAGACGCUAUAGAUGCUACAGACGCUAUAGAUGCUACUGACGCUACAGAUGCUACAGACGCUAAAGAUGCUACAGACGCUACAGAUGCUACAGACGCUACAGAUGCUAUAGAUGCUACAGACGCUACAGAUGCUAUAGAUGCUACAGACGCUACAGAUGCUACAGACGCUAUAGAUGCUAUAGAUGCUACAGACGCUAUAGAUGCUACAGACGCUACAGAUGCUACAGAUGCUACAGAUGCUAUAGAUGCUACAGACGCUACAGAUGCUACAGACGCUAUAGAUGCUAUAGAUGCUACAGACGCUAUAGAUGCUACAGACGCUACAGACACUAUAGAUGCUACAGACGCUAUAGAUGCUACAGACGCUACAGAUGCUACAGACGCUACAGAUGCUACAGACGCUACAGACGCUAUAGACGCUACAGACGCUAUAGAUGCUACAGACGCUAUAGCCGCUACAGACGCUACAGAUGCUACAGACGCUACAAAAAAGCAGGAUUUCCUUUUGACCAUUUCAUUAAAAAUCCAUAAGUUCAGUCAUAUUUAA